AUGACGGACCGAAAGAAUCCGAUUUCCGCCCCAAGAUCCAAAAAGUCCCUGCGAGCAUCACUACUGAAUAUAUCCCAGCUUACUAGUCAUGAAAGUAUGAAUGGUAUUCCCAUGACAUUGAAUACUUUAGUGCUUGAGAAAGAGAGAGACUGUGAUAUGAGCGACGAUACAAUCGACUGGAAAAAUCUAUACUUGAAAUCCAGACGCCAAAGUAUAAAGAUUCAAUCUCAGCAUCAACGAGAACGAGACAGACUUAUCAAGGAGAAGUUAGCACUUCGUAGGGGUAACAAACUUCUUCAAUCCGCAUUAACCCAGUCCCGUUACAACGCCUCGAAGGUGUUGGCCGAGAGAAGUUUACUUGUAGAUAAGAUGUUAGGUAGUAUAAAGCAGAAGUUGACUGAAGAGAAAAGAUUGACCCAUCUGCUCACCAAUCGCUUGGAUAAUAUAGAAAUCCAGUGCAAGGAAAUGUCAGCGCGAACAUUGGCUGCUGAUAAAGCCAAGGAACAAAGUGAUAAAUUUGCCAAAUUAGCACGCGCUCAAUUGAAACAUUCGUGCGAACAAUUGAGCGGAAAGGGUCAUAUCAUUACCAAUCUUAAGAAAGAAAAAGAGGAACUACAACGUACUCUUGAUAACCGAAAUGUUGAGCUUGUGGACCUAGAUCACGUGCUUGAAGUUUACAGCGAAGUAGUCGAAGGUAUUCUGAAGAGAAAAAGAGAAUGGAGCAAAUCACCUCAUCGACGCGACAGUAAGAUCAUUGAAAAAGGCAACAAGGUUGCGCAUGGAGGAACGUGUCUUGCAGAUGCUUACCGGAUCAAGUCCACUUGCGACAACGAUUUGGAAUGGUAUGAGGAAUAUUACGGCACAACUCCCGAUAUUGUGUUGCAGUUUGAAAGCAGCGCGGCAUUCAGAAGACUCGUCAAUAUGAGAUACGAGGUCUAUCGCUAUAAACAUAACGUUGGAAAUAUUGCUAAUGUUUUUGAAGAGGACUUCCAAAAGCUGAUGGAGAAAAUUUUGGUCAAGGCUCGGGGAACUGAAUCCAUGCAAAGCAUCCUUGUGGGAAAUACGGAUACAGAAACCAGACGCGUCUAUUACGACCUUUGCAUUAUGUGGGAGGACGAAAUGGCGCAAGAAAUAUCUGUCCCUUAA